UUGUGCAGAUUAACAGUUAACUUGACUGCUGUCCUCUGUGUGUCUAUUAAAUGUGGACAAAGUGCACAUGUAACCACUGGGGACAUUUUCCUGAGUCGUGUAGAAUCCCUUCACUUGUAGUGUGGAUGUAGUUUUUACUCUGAUAUGUUUCCUACGCCUUGAAGUCGUUAAAAUGGCAACACUGCAGCUGUACACCAAGGGAGCCAGCGUAUGGAUUCCUGAUCCAGAUGCCGUGUGGGUGUCGGCCCAGCUUCUCCAGGACUACACGCGUGACGACAAGCAUGUACUGCUGCAGCUUCCUGGUGGGGAGGAGGAAUGUUACCCAGUGGCAGCACCCUCCGACCUCCCCCCGCUGGCCAACCCUGACAUCUCUGAGGGCGAGAGUGACCUGACUGCACUCAGCUUCCUUCACGAGCCUGCCAUCCUGCACAACCUGCGUGUUCGCUUCCUGGACUACAAUAGCAUCUACACAUACUGUGGUAUUGUCUUGGUGGCCAUCAAUCCCUACGAUCAGCUGCCUAUUUACGGCGAGGAGGUGAUUGACGCUUAUAGCGGUCAGGACAUGGCCGACAUGGAGCCUCACAUCUUCUCUGUGGCUGAGGAUGCCUACCGCACCAUGAUGAGGGAGGAGAAAAACCAGUCCAUCAUCAUCAGCGGCGAGUCUGGCUCGGGCAAGACAGUCUCGGCCAAAUUCACCAUGAGAUACUUCGCCGUGGUGGGCGGAGCUGCUCAGCAGACCAGCGUGGAGGACAAGGUGCUGGCCUCCAACCCCAUCAUGGAGGCCUUCGGGAACGCCAAAACGACUAGGAACGACAACAGUAGUCGCUUCGGGAAGUACAUCCAGAUUGGCUUCAGCAGGAAAGGAGCCAUCAUCGGGGCCAACAUGAGCACGUACCUGUUGGAGAAGUCCAGGGUGGUCUUUCAGGCACCAGCCGAGAGAAACUACCACAUCUUCUACCAGCUGUGUGCCUCCAGACAGCUGCCUGAAAUGAGAUCACUCAAACUGGCCACUCCUGAGCAUUUCCGCUACACCAACCAGGGAGGAGACGCAAACAUACCGUGUACUGAUGAUGUGAUGGAGAUGGAGCGCACUUGCAAUGCUUUCAGCAUCCUGGGCAGGAGCUUAUUGAUACACAUCAAGAUGAAAGAGCUCCAUUUGUUCUUAUUGAUGUGUUUUUUUUCCACUAAACUUGCAGGUGUGCUGCCAGAGCAGCAGAUGGAGCUCUUCAGAAUCCUUGCUGCUGUUCUUCACUUGGGGAACGUCAACAUUCAAGCCAGUGGACGAAGUUCAGAGCGCAGCUACAUUGAUGCAGAUGACGUCUCCCUAGCCAUCUUCUCCAAGCUACUGGGUGUGGAGGCAGCCGUCACGGCCCAUUGGCUGUGUCACCGCAGGCUGAUCCUGGGAGGAGAAACAUUGGUCAAGCCCAUUUCGGGCCAGCAGGCCAUUGAAGCCCGAGAUGCUUUGGCCAAGCACAUCUACGAGCAGAUGUUCAAGUGGACCGUGCACAGGCUCAAUGCUGCCCUGCGCAGUCAGUUGGGUCGGACUCGGUCCUUCAUAGGGGUGCUAGACAUCUAUGGGUGUGUCACUGAGCUGCAGGAGGGUUGUUACCUUGCAUUGCUUCAACUCACAUCUUCUUCUGUGUGCAGCUUUGAGACGUUUGAGCGUAACAGUUUUGAGCAGUUCUGUAUCAACUACGCCAAUGAAAAGCUGCAGCAGCAGUUCAACCGGCACGUGUUCCACCUGGAGCAGGAGGAGUACGAACGUGAGGAACUGACCUGGAGCAGGAUCGAGUUUAGCGACAACCAACAGUGCAUUCUACUCAUCGAGGGACAGCUCGGCCUGUUGGACCUGUUGGAUGAGGAGUGCAGGAUGCCCAAAGGUUCGGAUGACAGCUGGGUUCAGAAGCUGUACGACAAGCACCUGACAGGCAGAGGUCACCCUCACUUCCGUAAACCUCGCAUGUCCAACAGCGCCUUCAUCAUUCUGCACUCUGCAGACAUGGUCCAGUACGAAGGUGGCGGCUUCCUGGACAAGAAUCGAGACACCAUCUUUGAGGAACUUGUCAACGUUUUGAAAGCGAGUCAGUCGGAGCUGGUGGCUGAGUUGUUCCAGCAGCAGGGAAACAAACCAAGUGUGGCCAAUGGAAGUGUCCGCUCAGGAAGAAGAGCCCACAGGGAGCACAAGUUGACUGUGGGCUUUCAGUUCCGUCAGUCCUUGCAGCUGCUGAUGGACACGCUGAACAGCACCACUCCUCAUUAUGUGCGCUGUAUUAAACCCAAUGACCUCAAGCGGCCCUUUAUGUUCGACCCAAAGAGAACGGUCCAGCAGCUAAGGGCCUGCGGAGUGUUGGAGACCAUCCGAAUCAGUGCCGCUGGUUUUCCAUCCAGAUGGACAUACGAGGAGUUCUUCUUCAGGUACCGUGUUCUGCUGCAUGGGUGCCAAGGCUCUGGAGAAGUCCAGCUUGCAUGCCGCCAGGCUCUCCCUCAGCUCAUCCCUGACCCGGACCAGUACGUCUUUGGAAGGACCAAAGUGUUUUUCCGGGCAGGGCAGGUGGCACUUCUGGAAAGGUUGAGAGCAGAAAGGCUGCGAAUGGCCGCUGUGGUCCUUCAGAGUUGGGUCAGAAGAUGGCUGGCCCGGAUUCACUACACUAGGACCCUCUGGGCGACCAUCACCAUACAAAGAUAUUGCAGAGGAGCUUUGGCCAGGCGACUGGCUUUGAUCCUGCGCUACACCAAGGCUGCUCUGGUCAUCCAGAAAACCUACCGCAUGCUGGUGGCCAGAAACGUGUUCCACCUGGUCCGACAGGCCGCUAUCACCAUCCAGGCCUUCAUCAGAGGCACGCUGGCCCGCCGCAAAUACAGACUGCUAGUGGAAGAGCGAGCCGCCUCCCUGCUCCAGGCGAGAGUGCGAGGGUGGUUGGCGAGGAGGGCCUUCACGAGGUUCCGUGCUGCUGUGGUAUUCGCGCAGUGCUGCGUACGUCGUCGUGCGGCCAAAAGGGAGCUGCUGAAGCUCAAGACUGAAGCCCGCUCAGUAGAGAGGUACCGAGAGCUCAACAAGGGCAUGGAGGUCAAACUGAUGCAGCUGCAGAUGAAAGCAGACCAAGUGGCGAGAGAGCGUGCUGCCCUAAAAGAGAGCCUGCGUGUUGAACGAGAGGCAGCCGCUAAUGAACUCUCUGCUCUGAGAGCAACAAUACAGAAACUUGAAGAACAUCAGAAACGUUUCACUGCUCGUCCUGUUUCCAUCUUGAGUGAGGAGGAGCAGCAGGAAAGGAGACGAGCAGAGGAGAAAGCUGCCCGGGAGCUCCUCCAGCUAACACAGGAGGUGGAAGCACUGCAGAGAGAGAAGGCCUCACUGAGCACAGAAAGAGAUCGUUUGUCUGCAUGUCUUCUCCAGCAGGAACAAGCACAAGAAGCCCUUGUGCAGCAAGCGGUGUCUCGUGCCACAGCAGCUGUGAGGGUGGAGCUGGAUGAGGAGAGGAGGAAGCACCAGGGUCUUUUGAGAGAGUUCACCAGGCUGGAGCAGCGAUAUGACAACCUGAGGGAGAUGAGUCAGCUCACGCAGGGCUACGGAAGGACAGACUCCACUCAGAGCUUAGAACCUCUGUCACCAUCACCUCAGUCCCUCUCCCCCUUCACAUCUGCCUUCCCUUCUCCCGAGGAGGUCCGCAGGAUCAGCGUGACGUCCCCCUCCACAGAAACAAGAGUGUGGAGUCUGGAAACAUCAAUGGACCAACUGAUGAACAUGAUGGACGUGACCAAAAAGGCUGCAGUAGAGCUGAAAGAAGAGGACCUGGCACAUGCCUACGACGUCGUACGAGUGGCCAACAAGUGUUUAGAGAGUCAGUUGCAAAGUCAGCGCAGUGAGUGGGAGCAGGAAGUGGAGAUGCUUAAGUGUCAGCUGCGUCAAGCUUCUUCUGGAUUGUCUGCCCAUCAACAGGCACUACUGGAGGCCCGCGAGCAGGAGUGUGUGAGGCUAAGGAGGGAGCUGAAAGGACUUAGGAGCACCGUGCCAAUCCGACGUUUGCUGACACAAGUGUUCCCAUCAACAUUUCUCACUGAGAGCUCCUCUUCAUCCAGUCAACAGAAAGCAGCCUCAACGACUGGUCUGCUUGAAUGCAAGAAAAGAGAUGAGAACAAACUCAUCAAGAAUCUCAUCACAGACGUCCGCACCGACAUUGCGGUGUCUCUGCCUCCCGGGCUGCCGGCCAGUGUUGUGUUUCUGUGUGUUCGCCAGGCGGACUGCAGGGGGGAUCAAACCAGCGCCUACUCCCUCUGUCGCGCCGCUGUCACUGCCAUGAAGACGGCUCUGAAGAAACACACCAAUGAUGUAGCCAUGACUGCUCUGUGGCUGAAAAACAUCUGUCUGUUGCAUGACCUGCUGAACCAGCACGCCCCAAAACAGGUGGAAAGAACAUUUAACAAUGAAUAUAAACAUGUAUUAUGUAUUUAUGAGGGUAUGAAAGGAUUACUGUUAUCAUUUCAGACAAAUGAUCCAGAAGAGGUACAGCCAUUGAACUUUGACUUACGUGACUCAAUUCGCACCCUGAGUGACCUCCGUAUCCAGGCCUAUCAGCAGCUCAUCUCCAUCCCAAAGACACAAUUGCAAAACUUCCUAGCCUCUGCCCUGUUGGAGGGUGAAGAUGUCCCGGGCUUGAAGCCUGUGGGCUCCAGGAAGCGAGCAGGCUCAGAGCCAAGGACCGCAAGGACUGACGCUCCCACAAUGGCCUCGGUGCUAAAGGAGCUGUGGGUCCUCCACGACGCCAUGUCCCAUCAGGCUUUGCACCCGGCGUUGAUGGAGCAAGCCUUCCACCAGCUCACCUACUUCAUCUCUGCCUCUGCUCUUAACAGCCUGCUGCUUAGGAAGGACAUGUGCUGCUGCAGUCGCGGCAUACUAAUACGUCUCAACGUGAGUCAGCUGGAGGAGUGGUUGCGUUGCCGCGAUUUACAGACAGAGGGCGCUGUAGCCUCAAUGGAGCCCCUCAUCCAGGCUGUUCAGCUGCUGCAGGUGGGGAAAAAGACGGAAAAGGAUGCAGAGGCCCUUCUGCAGACAUGCACUGCCCUCAACAGUGACCAGAUUGUGAGGAUCCUCAGCAACUACACACCUCACAGUGACCUCGAUGAAAAAGUCUCGCUCAAUUUCAUCCGCAUGGUCCAGGGGCUCCUCAAAGGCAGUGCACACGCGCAACCCCUGCAGUUACUCCUGGAUAUAAAGAGGGAGUUUCCCGUCACGUUCCCCGACGCCACUCCUCCCGUCGUACGUGCAGACAUGUUGGUCAUCCCGGAUUCCCUGAAGAUCUCCUUUAUACGCAGAGUAUAAACACCGUCCUGCAAAUGAAGUGGAAACUGCAACAAGGAAAAAACCCACAAUUUUCCCAUAUUUUAUUGGAAGCAGAAACACGAGACUGCAGUCCCAGUAAACCUCAACACCCAGAACCAUAAUAUUAAAAAAACUAACAUUAGAAACAUCUUGUGUAUAAAAAAAGUCCCAUGCGAUCACUUUGUACCACUACACAUUAUCAUCAUCAUCAUCAUCAGUAAUACAUAUUUAUAUAUUCACAAGCAUUUGAAAAAUAAAUAUCAAAAUAAAGAAGACAACAUCAAAUAAAUAUAUGCGCGUGCUGGCACGAUGCUUCUUUUUUUUUUUCUUACAGCGUUCCUAUCAUGCACCACUUGUGGAAGUACAGGACAGUGCAUGUGAGCCACAGAGCAGAACAUGCACGUCUGUCCUCUUGGAUGGAUGUGUGCUUUUUCUUUGUGCUUCCGUCCCUGAAACUUCUGCAUGUUCACCCUGAAACAUGUCGGCGUCAUCGUCAACAGCAGUAAAUAGAGAUUUUUCGUGGCAUUAGCAGCUU